GUUCAUCUGGGCGAUCCUCGUGACCAUGCUCUUCGUUUUCGGGAUCCUGAUAAGGAUGAACUCCCAUGAGGACGUGGCCUCACAGUAUUUCGACAGCGUGCCUGCUGCCAUGAAGACGCUCAUCACGAAGGGCAUCUUCCUCGACGACACGGGGGAGCUGCUCGACGUGAUGAUCCACAACGGGGAUUUGGCGAGCCUCUUCCUGUUCUCAGCAUUCGUAUUCCUGGGACUAUUCAACCUGCUUGGGCACGGUGGCGGACAUGCUAAUGGGAACCUUUUGCGCCGUCGCGGGGGAGGUGGCUGCCUCUGAGAGGGACACGGCCCAGGUAGACUAUCUGCGUGCUCACCUCGAGAGCAUCGUGGAUUGCUACAUACACGACCAAGGACUGAUCGGGCGCGAGGACUUUCAGCUCAUCAUCAAGAAUGCCGACGUCCACCGCACGCUCGCCCAGUGCGGCACCGAUAUGGAGGAACUGAAGUCGCUGGAAAGCCUGAUGUUCGAGCGGCGGGAGGAGAUAACCUUCGAAACUUUCUUCAGUGCGAUCGUGCACCUGCGGAAGGGGAAGGUCGCCACCGUCAAAGACAUCAUGCAUGUGCAGGA